ACCGUAGCAAGUGAGCAAGGAAGGACGGGUGGUGCACUGGUGCUUCAGUACUUUCAAACUCCGCAUUAAACCGCCACGAAAACCAUUGUCUUCUAGCUUUUUCUCUGAUAGAUUCUACGACAUGGGUUUAGGAGCUGGUGCGGAGGAGAAGUCGUCGUCGUUUAUGUCCGAGUUCAUUCGGAAGUGCGGUGGCUACGUUGUCAUUGACGGCGGCUUUGCCACGGAGCUCGAACGACACGGGGCUGACCUCAAUGACCCUCUUUGGAGCGCCAAGUGCCUUAUUGAUUCUCCUCAUCUUGUCAGAAGGGUUCACCUAGAUUACCUCAACUCCGGUGCAAAUAUUAUACUAACAGCAUCUUAUCAGGCCACCAUUCAGGGCUUCGAGGCUAAAGGCUUGUCCAGUGAAGAAGCUGAAGCUUUGCUUAGGAAAAGUGUAGAAAUUGCAUGCGAGGCCCGGGAAAUUUACCAUGAAAGGUGCACAAAAGAUUCUUGGGAUUUCAUGGAAAAUGGGACGAGUUCGAGUCGACGUCCAAUUCUAGUUGCAGCUUCUGUGGGCAGCUAUGGAGCUUAUUUAGCUGAUGGUUCUGAGUAUAGCGGAAACUACGGUGACGCAAUUACUUUGGAAACGUUGAAGGAUUUUCACAGAAGAAGGGUGCAGAUUCUGGCAAACUCAGGUGCUGACCUAAUUGCGUUUGAAACAAUCCCAAACAAGUUAGAAGCGAAGGCAUAUGCUGAGCUCCUUGAGGAAGAAGGCAUAGAAAUUCCAGCAUGGUUUUCUUUCAAUUCUAAGGAUGGAGUUAAUGUGGUUAGUGGCGAUCCUAUUUCAGAGUGUGCCUCCAUUGCAGAUUCUUGCAAGCAGGUUGUUGCUGUUGGAAUCAACUGUACCCCUCCUAGAUUUAUCCAUGGACUAAUUACAUCUAUUCAAAAGGUAACAAGUAAACCAAUUCUGGUAUAUCCCAACAGUGGUGAGACUUAUGACGGUCGGGCCAAGCAAUGGGUGAAAUCAAGUGGGGAUGUGGAUGAAGAUUUUGUCUCAUACAUUGGCAAGUGGAGGGAAGCUGGGGCUUCUCUGUUUGGUGGGUGCUGCAGGACUAGCCCCAAAACUAUUAGAGGCAUAGCCAGGGCGCUCCCUAGUAAAAACUAAUGAAGUUACCCCAAGAAGGAAGCGCCUCAAGCACGUUCUCCUACUGUUAAAAAGCUGCCUUUUUCUCUGGUUCCCUUCCUCAUGCAAAGAAGCAGAUAUAGCAAUCUAUUUGUAACCAGAAAAUAAGAAAGGGAGCUGAAUGUUCCACCCGUUGACCGGCAAAAGUAGUGCAAAGAAUGGACAAAACGGAGCUAACAUGUUAGACUUGCAUGACCCAAAGACUGGCAUGUAGUUAACAAUAAGAAGCUAGAACUGGUUUUUUGACUUUUUGCUUCCUUGUCUCAUAAGAUCGAAGAAAUAACAGCAGAAUUGUGGGAAUGGUUAUUUGAGAUUCA